AUGUUGGCAGAUAUCCCGGUACUCGGAAAAGUUCACAGUGGACUAAACCAGAGUAAAGGUAUCUUGUUUGACAGGGAUCACGACCUGGAUGGUAUUCCUGAACAGGAAAUCCAACAUGAAUUGGAAUCCCAGGGAGUGAUCUCUGUUAAACGGUUCACAAAAAAGCGUAAUGAAAUGAUUAAACCUACAAACACUUACCUUUUGACAUUUGCUAUGCCGACUCUACCAACUAAUAUAAAAGUGGGACUGUACCAAAUGAAAAUUGAAAUAUUUGUACCCAACCCCUUGCGUUGCUUUAAAUGCCAGCGAUUUGGGCAUGGGCAAAUGAAUUGUAAAUGCUCGGAAACAUGCUUCAGGUGUGGUGAGGAGGGGCAAGAUGGCAAAACUUGUCAGAAUGACCCAAAGUGUAAAAACUGCAAGGGAGAACACAUGGCGUCUUCAAAACAAUGCCCACUGUGGAAAAAAGAAAAGGAAAUACAGAAAGUUAAAAGUAGAAAAACGAGUACUUUAUCCAGAGGCAAAAAAAAACUAGUUAACCUGUAUAGUGUUCCGACACCUAAAUUGACAUCAUAUGCAACAGUUUUGAAAACAUCCUCAUUGAAGGAUAUGUCCACACAGGUCUGCGAGGAUGAUAUUCUCCAACAGACCUCUUCUUCAAAAGUGUCUUUGUCAUCUAAUGACAAAGGUAAAACGAAAACAGUGCCUGCUUCUGCGGGCCCUACAGCUGCGGCUGCGCCAAAACCUGUAGCUGCGGCUGUAUCCAGGCCUGCAGCUACUUCUAGACCAUCUGGGAGACAAAACACGUCUCCUUCCAAAAAACAGUUGAGUGAUCGGAUACCAAAGGGUACAACAGACCCCGUUGCUUUACAUAAUAAAUUCGGGGUCCUUGAAGAAAUGGAUUUUACUACAUCACAUUAA